GCCGCGGGCCGGGCCCCGGGAAGGCUCCGGCUGUCUAGCCCAGGUCGCCGCCGGUCAAGAGCUGCGGCCAACGUGCUGGGAUGAGCGGCUCCCUGGGCCGGGCGGCGGCGGCGGCGGCGGCGACGGCUCUGCUCCGCUGGGGGCGCGGCGUAGGCGGCGGCCUCCGGGGCCCGGGUGUGCGGGCGGCAGGCUCGGGCGGCAGCGGCUCGUCGGAGCACUUGGACGCGUUGGUGAAGAAGGACAAGGUGGUGGUCUUCCUCAAGGGGACGCCGGAGCAGCCCCAGUGCGGCUUCAGCAACGCCGUGGUGCAGAUCCUGCGGCUGCACGGCGUCCGCGACUACGCGGCCUACAACGUGCUGGACGACCCCCAGCUCCGGCAAGGCAUUAAAGACUACUCCAACUGGCCCACCAUCCCGCAAGUGUACCUUAAUGGCGAGUUCGUGGGGGGCUGUGACAUUCUCCUGCAGAUGCACCAGAACGGAGACCUGGUGGAAGAACUGAAAAAGCUGGGAAUCCGCUCUGCCCUCUUAGAUGAAGCGAAAGACCAGGACUCGAAGUGAGGGAAGGAAGCCCCAGGCGAGGAGCCGCUGGCGUCAGAGUCUCACCACCAGAGAAGCCUUACCCAUCCAGGUUCCCACUCUUCAGAUGACUGUUUGCGCUGGCUCCUCCAGUUUGUAAGCAGCCAAGUGAUUUUAGCGUGUCUGGUGUUUGGGCAAGGAAGAUCCUAUCGCGAACAUAAUUGUAACCACUGUAUUGUCAUAAUCAAUGUUGCAUUACGAGAUUGUUGUAAACAAAAUUCCUUCUUGUGUUGUCCUUUGCUGUUUGCCUGAUUCAGGAGUAAACCUGGGAGCUUUUGAAUCAUUGUUAUUCUUCACGGGUCCUCCACAAAUAUGUCAGUCUGCAAAGAUAAUAUACCACCCUCCCCAACCCUCCCCUAGUUUUUUGUGACUUGUUCUGUUAAGAAAACUGAUGGACAAGGAAGAAAAUAAGAUAACUGGGGUUUUUUUGUUUUUUGUUUUGUUUUUUUUUUUUCAAAUAAAAUGCCAACCCAGGGAUACUGCA